UAUUUGUCUCCUGCUGACAGGGAGAUCCUGAAUUUGGGCUCAAAGAUUCUUUCGGAUACGGACAGUAACGAGAAACAAAAACAGGAACAAGACAAUUCGGCGUCUUUUACACGUGACAUUCGUCGGUAGCUUUUAAGUGUCCCCCUUCUGAUUGAUUCGCCGUGACCGUAGAUAAGGAACGUUACUACACGAUAGCUCUACGUAUCGAGGCUAUGCAAAUAUUAUAACUACAUGUACACAAGAUACACUUUGGGAUUCGAAGGACGUGCCUUGCUGGGUAUAUGAUCGAUCGGGACCGAUCUCUGCACCAACAGGCCUAUCGAGGCCUCUCACGAUUUCUCGCUUUGCUUCGUAACUCUUCUGAAAGUAUUUCAACUUUAAGCUUACUCUACGAUUAAUUUAAAGAAGACGUUCGGAACAUCGGAGCUCGACGUCGGCCUACGGUACCGAGGAAUAAUUCGUUCAAAGAUUUCUUUAAAUUACAUUCGAGAAACUGCAUUGAACGAUUGGAAGAACAGAAAAGUAAUUUCGUCGAUAUCGAGGACGAAAGGAGGUAGACGUUUGGUCUCUGCGCUUUGAAAGCAGAGGAAAGUUUUACUCGGUGAAAGUAGGGUCCAAGCGACCCACAAAAGCAGCAACCAUUGAGUCCGACGAGUCAACGGUGAUCAUGGGUGCCCAGGAAGAGGACUCCAAGUCCAGCACCAUGGGCGGAGGGGUUCUACCAGUGGUAGAAGUCCAAUCUCUGGUAGAGAAGGCCAAAUUCUACACGUCUCUCUGCCUGGGCACCACAGCUAUCCUUGCCGUUUUCGCUUUUCUCUUUCUAAUCCCUUUCGUCGUCGAGCCGGCGAUUUCCACCAUUUUGUCAGACUUCUCUCCUCAUGCUGUGGCCUGCGUUGUCACCGAUCACGUUUACGCCGAGGGACUGAAAAACUGUUCUUGGGCAAGCUGUAGAGAAGGUUGCACCAGUGCCGCUCUCCGUUGCCACCAGAUCAGAGUCAACUACACGAGGCUGACGUUCGAGGAAUUUAUGGCAAAACCACUCGGUUCUAUUCCCUGGGACGUCUCGGACACGAAAUUCUUCGUGAACACGGAGGGCUGCGGUUACCCGCCCAGAGUGAACUGUUCCAUCUUCGCGAAGAAGUACGGAAAGGCGAACAUGGGGAAAAUAUUCCCCUGCUAUUACAGCAGGACACACCCAGAGACUGUCGUUGCGAGAUAUUCCUGGGAUGAGAAUUUGAGGCAUUUAGUGCUGGCCUUGGUGGUGCCUAUAGUUCUUUUCGCAGUAUCUCUUUGUGUACUGUGCUAUUGGUACUGCCCACCAAUGGGCAAGACUUGCGGAGGACCAGGCCGUAACCUUAUUGACAAGUACGCCAGAAAGGAAGACAUCCUGGAAGAGGACGAGUUCGAAGAGGACGAGGAAGAAUACUGACUGCUACCAAGGGCUCACCCCCCAGCGCGGGAGUGACGCCGAAGAAACUAUUGAAAGUCUCCAGCGUACUUUACGUUCUAAAUUUAAGCGAUCGUUCAGAAGCAAUAGCAGCGCUAGGGGAAUUUCAGCAACAGAGAAUGAAAGAUGCAAUUCGUUCGUAACUUCAACGCGACUGAUUUAUUUCAAAUCACGCUAUUUCUAUCGAUAAUAUCGCGUCGAUGAAACUUAC